UACUCUAAAUUUGAGUACUACUACUCAUCGGAUCAUCAAAAUUAGUAACUCCUGCCACCCCGAUUCGAGUCAUUGCCUUGUUUUUAACGAUAAAGACAAACUCGGAGAGAAGUGGAUGGAGUUUCAAGGAAUCAAGAAUUGGGACGGUUUGCUUGAUCCACUAGACGAGGAUCUUCGCGGGGAGAUCUUAAGGUAUGGAGAGUUUGUAGAAGCAGCCUAUGGCUGCUUUGACUUUGACACGUCAUCAGCCACGUAUGCAACUUGUCGGUACCCGAAACGUUCGAUGCUGAUGCAGUGCGGACUAGGACGGAGCGGGUACAAGGUAGUAAAAAACUUGUAUGCCACGUGUGCUGUUCAAAUGCCACGGUGGAUAGAGAAGUUCCCCAAUUUGAAGUCGCCGCAAUCCAGCUGGAUUGGUUACGUGGCGGUAUGCGAUGACGUGGACGAAAUUACCCGGCUAGGUCGCCGUGACAUUGUGAUUGCUUAUAGAGGUACUGCCACUUGUUCGGAGUGGCUUGAAAAUUUACGUGCCACAUUGACUUGCUUACCAGAUGACAUGUCACCUGAUGAAAAUAGCGAACCAAUGGUACAAAGUGGACUCUUGAGCAUGUACACUACGAAAAUUGAAGGUCAUAUUCCAAGUUUACAAGAAACAAUUAGAGAAGAAAUUAUCAGCAUUCUCAAUAAUUAUAGUGAUGAAUAUUCUCUAAGUAUAACAAUUACAGGACAUAGUCUUGGAGCAGCCUUAGCUACACUUACAGCAUAUGAUAUAACAACAAAAUUUAAUAACUUGCCUAUGGUGACAGUUUUAUCAUUUGGAGGGCCUAGAGUUGGUAACAAGAGCUUUAGGUAUCAAUUGGAAAAAAAUGGUACAAAGGUACUAAGAAUAGUCAACUCUGAUGAUCCCAUAACAAAAGUUCCGGGAUUCGUGAUUGACGAUGAUGACAUGGCACAUCGAGGUGAUGCCACGGUGGCAAGAGUGCCAAGCUGGCUUGAAAAGUACAUGGAAGAUACUCAGUGGGUGUAUGCUGAGGUGGGGAAGGAACUUAAGUUGAGUAGCAAAGAUUCAAUUAGGAAAGGAAAUGUAGCAAAGUGUCAUGAUUUGAAGACAUAUUUGUAUUUGGUGAAUAAUUUUGUUAGCUCAUCGACGUGUCCCCUAAGGGCCACAGUAAGAAACUACUCCUUCCGUCUCAAUUUACAUUACACCGUUUAA